AUGAGGAUCAAUUAUUAUUUGAAAUUUACCUUUGAGUAUUUCUCAGGUUUUUCAAUAUGGCACCGUCGAUGGUGCUGCGUAGCAGUUUUAGUACUGGUAGCCGGGACCGCGUGCGUAGCAGGCCCUCUUGCUUUGAGAGCUCCUCCAGGCGCUCCGCUGCAUGAAAGACUUCGACUGGCCGAAAGACUAUUACACGAUACGCCUCUUAUCGACGGACACAACGACUUGCCUUGGAAUAUAAGAAAAUUUCUACACAACAAGAUUAAAGACUUUUCGUUUGAUGAGGACUUGAGGACGAUAUCACCAUGGGCGACGAGCUCGUGGAGCCACACUGAUUUGCCGAGGUUAAAACAAGGCAGGGUCGCUGCUCAGUUCUGGGCGGCGUACGUGCCUUGCGAUGCGCAACACCGCGACGCCGUGCAGCUGACGUUCGAGCAAAUUGACCUCAUCCAGCGACUCACUGAAAAAUAUCAACCUCAGCUUACAAUGUGCACUUCUGCCGAAGAUAUAAAAAUAGCGCACGCUAAUCAUCGUGUAUGCUCGUUGAUUGGUGUCGAAGGCGGUCACGCUAUUGGCAGUUCUCUUGGGGUGCUAAGAACACUGUACCAGGUCGGCGUUCGUUACUUGACAUUGACCUCUACUUGUGACACGCCCUGGGCUGAGUGCGCUUCUGCUGACAGAGUUGAACCAUCGCCCCGGGGAGGACUCACGGCUUUUGGAAAGGUAGUAAUAAAGGAAAUGAACAGAUUGGGAAUGCUAGUGGAUUUAUCUCACGUGUCAGAGCGAACUAUGCGUGAUGCUCUGGCUGUCUCACGAGCACCAGUGCUUUUUUCUCACUCUUCUGCACGAGCUCUUUGCAACGUUACUCGUAACGUUCCUGACACAAUACUGAGAAUGUUAGCUGCCAACAAAGGACUCAUAAUGGUGAAUUUUUAUACUUCAUUCCUCACUUGUAAGGAAACAGCAACCGUUCAAGAUGCGAUUGCUCACAUAAAUCAUAUACGGAACGUGGCCGGUGUGGACAGCGUCGGCCUUGGCGCUGGGUACGAUGGGAUUAAUUAUACACCACAAGGUCUGGAAGAUGUAUCAUCCUAUCCAUUGUUAUUUGCCGAGCUGAUGGAGGCAGGCUGGAGCAUAGAAGAUCUUCGUAAGCUUGCCGGACUGAAUCUACUCCGGGUAAUGGGCGCAACAGAGAGGGUAGCUAAAGAAUUGGCAGCUGCUCGUGUUGUUCCUUACGAAGACGUGCCACCGCGAAUUUUCGACGCUCAUAACUGCUCCAGUCAAGAUGUUUAAGACUUUUUAAGCUAAUGAAUACUUUCAAUUUAGAUAUAGUAGGCAGCUGCAAUUUAUUAUGGCACCGCAAAUAACCUUAAUAUUCAUGCAAGGGUUGUGAUCUAGAAAUUAGAUGAAAUCCGGCAAUGAAGAUAUGAAGAAUUUUUCUUUCUUCUUCUUACAAUUUCAUUUUAGUAAAGUAAAAAUAAUAUUAAGU